AUGUUGGUUCGAAAUGCGAUGGUCCCUGUGCUUCUGCCUGUGAGGAAUAUGCUAGGAAAGCAGGUAGGCCUGCCCACUGAUGGCUGGGAAAUAGUUCACGAUAGCGAUGGUCAAUCGAAGUGCCGUCGGACAGAAGUCAAAGAAAUCUGCCAUGGUGUUGAGUUUUUUGACGCGGACACCAAAGAAAAGAAAUGUUGUCAAGAUGUGAGUGGUCUCACAUGGAUCGACAAGCCCGCACAGUUAGGCAAGUGCUGCGCCAAGGGUCACGUAUGGACGCAUGAGAACGGAGGCGGUUCUAAGCGCGGAGGGUGCUGCCCGGUUGGGUUUCACAUGAACAAUGGGGUGUGCACCCCAGACACUCAUUCCCCUCCUCACCUGUGCCAAAUUGGGACACACCUGAUCGAUGGCAAAUGCGUCCCUGGUCCCCAUAACUCGUGCCCAAUUGGGACACACUUGGUCGACGGCCAGUGCGUCCCAUUCCCUGGUCCCUACCCUCAGACGUGUAGCAAUGGACAUGGCGGUGUCGAACCCUCUUGCACGUGCACGAAUUCUCCAGUAUGUGGGCAUGGCAAACACCUAGGCAUCAAAUAUGGCCAUUGCUAUAUCCUCUCCUUCGCCGAUGGCCAGCAACUUGGCCUCGACCGGGACCACACCGACUACAAGAAAAACGGCUUCUUCGUCGAUAUCCCCUUCAAAGUCUGCAAAUCAACUACUGAUUGCGCACGUGGAAAGGAGGUUGAGAUGGGCGAGGCCUUCUCCCUCCAAGAUCAGCAUGGCUUGUACAAAGACCUACUGUCAACGAAAGGGUGGAUUAAUGACGCCUCUGGUGGCGCCCAUAUGGAAUUCACCACUGAUGCCAGCCAUGCCGGUAAAUUCACGGGUAUCCCUAGUUGUGCUGGCGGUGAAUGCGCUCUUCAACUGCAUGGUAGUCCCUCUGGCGGUGCAUUGGCAUACGCUUGCCCGAUGCCCACGCCCGGACUGACAUUGUAUGGCAACCCCAAAGUUGGUCAGAAACUUCGCUUCUCUGAGGUGACGUGCGAACGAAUAUGA